AUGUUCAUGUGUACACGGAGACUCCGGGUCCCCAAAGAUCAUAAUCCCCUGCAAGGUUUCCUCUGCAAUCGGAACGUAGAUUUGCUGACCAGACUACAAGGGCUGGCCAAGCGGCUGAGACUGCGCUCCAAACUGUAUAAUGGACGUCAACGCGUACCUCAGAUCGAGGAAAAUCGACAGGAUACCCAAACAUUUGCCAAGAUACAUGAAGAUGAUGUCGACUAUGAUCGAGUCACGCGAGAACUUUUGGGAGAGCUAUUAACGAAGUUCACCUUCCUCUCCAACAGAGAAUGCAUCCUGAUUCUGGACCUGUUGGGGAGGAUAAAAAAACCACUGCACCGUUGUCGGACAGAACAGGAAAACGGUGAAAAUGACGGUGAAAAUGUUCAAAAGACAGAUGCUACCUCUCUUUCGGUGGACGGAGUGGACACAACGCCAGUUUGUCGUAGUACGGUCAACCACCUGGCCAUAUCCGGAAAAUACGGAGCUAUCGCAAACGACAAGCUUGUGAGAUUUGUUGUCAAGGCACAAAGGAUGCUCUUGAAUCAUAUGCUAAAAGCGCAUGAGCAAAAGGUGCUAACCAAGGCACAGAAAUACUACCUUAUUUGCUUACUCUCUAGGGAGUGUUCCUUGGCCAGUGUGGAGCUAUGGGCAUCCCUCAUGGACGAACUGAAGCGAGAUUUAGAACUCAGAGAGGACUAUUUGCCAUUCGAACGUGCCAACCUGCUGCUGGUCUAUGACCAAAUAUGCCGCUGGGUGGGAAAGCGUCUCUCGAAAGCCGCCAAACAUGCAGCAACGUCUGAGGUUAUAGGCCAUCCGCAUCAAGAUGGCAAACAUGUCGGUAACACACAUAUAAACCCGCAUCUAGACCCGUUCGAUCCGGAAUUCUUCGACAUGGCGCUCAGUAAACUGGAGCCGAUGUUAUCUCAGCUGACACCUGAAAAGGCGAUCAAAUUGUUGUAUCUACAGCAUUCGCGGCGAAUAUACAGCAAGUCAUUUAUCCAAUCUGCUGCGAUGUGCCUGGCUGUGAUGGAGUGGUCAAACGUGAAGUCUUUCAAGCUUUAUAUAUCCGCCAUCGGAAUAUAUCACAAAAUCUCCACGGCCAAUUUGUGGAACGAAUUUAAUAGUGUCUACACGUCACACGGAGGAAACACUGAGUUGCUAAACGAUGGAUCGCCUAUGCUUCAUAUUGUAAACAUCAAACCGUUCGAAGUAGAGCCUUGGAUCGAGAGUCAGGGGGUGAACUCCUUGCAGCUAAAGGCUAUUAAUGAAUUGGCCGAAUGCUCUUCGUUUUCCCUCAUGUCAUUGAUUAUGACAUAUACGUUGAAGCUAUACCGGAGUUACGGCAUUGAACAUUCUGGAUGCGCAGGGCUUGAGGAUCACAUCAACAGACACAGCUUUGGUAGCGACGCCUUGAAGGAGAUAUUGCUCCGAUGCAUGAAGCAAGACACAUCGCAUAAUGUUCCGCACUCACUUGUAGAUGAGGUUUCAGGAAUGAUACGGAUGGAGGGGAUAGUUGAGAUUGUCCUAGGCCAUGUAUAUUUCAACCACUGCGUACUCGUGCACUUAUCGCAAGACCAGGAGUAUGAUCAUAUAAGACAAAGAUCACAACUCAACCUGCAUAUUCUAUAUGAAACUAUACAUAAAAGUAUAGACUUGCAGUCGCAUUUGCUAAGCAAGGCUAGAUUGGAUCACCGAAAUGCUGAGCCACGACUGAUUGCAAAGGUGCGUAACGCCUUGAAAGAGUUGUUAAAGUUGGACGCUGAUCUGUGUGGCUACCACGACGUUUUAAAAGGCUUAUUAAGCAAACUGGAUGCGAUGGAUAGGCAACUCGACGACAGUUGUUGA